GCUUACAGAUGCCCUGUAUAUAAAUGCAGGUAUGCCAGCGAGAGAGACAUUAUUCCACUUGUGGUCAUUCAGUGAACAGCAUUCGAAAACAAGAAAAAAAUGUUGAAGGUAUCGUGCAUUUUGGUUUUUGUGGCCAUCACCGCCACCUCCGGUUAUCACCUUCCAGCAGAGCAUGAAUAUCAUGUGGAACCUAAACAUGCUGCUCCACAUUAUCACCAGGAAGAAUUGCACCACGAAAGCAAGGAACACGAUAGCCACCACCAUGAAGAUCACCAUGAUGCUCAUCCUCAGUACAAAUUCGAGUACGGAGUCAAGGAUGACCACACUGGAGAUCAUAAAACCCAUUGGGAGCACCGUGAUGGAGAUGUCGUGAAGGGACAAUACACCCUGCACGAUGCCGACGGUACGGAACGCGUAGUAGAGUACACCGCUGAUCCUCACCAUGGAUUCAAUGCCGUUGUAAAGAAGGUGGGACAUGUUCAUCAUCAGCCUGAACAUAAGGCUGAGCCACAUCAUGCUCCGGCAGCUUAUGAAAGCCAUCAUCAUCAUGAGGAGCCGGAGCACCAUGAGGAACACCACGAAUACCACUACCCAGCGCAAUAUCACGGUCAUGAGGAUAGCUACAGCCAUUAUACCAAAUACGAAUAGGAGUGGAGACUGACCUUCGAUCUGUGAUAAGAUUUCUAAAGAGUUCCUUUGAUAACAACCUCAUGGAGAUGAUUUCCAAAGAGAUUAGUUAACGAAAGUAAAAAAGUGAUGCAAAUAA